UAGACCGGGGUAUCUAUCUCCAUUGGAACCACACAACAUAUCAUCAGCAGAUCUAGGCGGAUCUAACACCACCGCCUCCGAAUCUAUAGGAAAAAAUAAAAAGGAAAGAGGGACGCCUGACCAGAUUACUUUCUGCGCCUGCGCGGGUCAACAUCCGGGUGGUUGGGGAAUUAGAAGGCCUGUACGUAACUCUUGCAGGUGGGGAAAGGCGCUUCCUUUUCUGGAUCGGAAUCGGAGGACGACGCGGAAAUGACGUACAAGAGGCAGGCGCGUAUUCCCGCGACGGGCGGCAGGUCGCACCUACCCGAGCGGUGGGAGGGGAGAGAAGAGGAGGAAGAGAAGUAGGGAAGGUUCCUGUCCCGCGCAGUGGCUGCUGGGUGCUCCCACGCUUUCUUUUCCUCAUCUCUCCCCGCCCCCCGCCCCCUUUCUCCUCCUCCCUAUCUCCCCCGCCCCCGCCCGGCAGCCGGCCCCGCUCCGUCCCUGGCGUGACUCGGCACGUCGGUCGCGGUGAGGAGAAGACGCCGAGGCGUCUGCGUGUCUUCGUCCCCGCUUCCCCGGGCGUCCUCCCUCUUCGGUCCGGAACCCGGUGGUUCCUGCAGGCCCCUCCCGCGACCAUGGUGGGAGUGAAGGUGGUCGGGACAGACCCGGAUUUCCAGCCGGAGCUGAGUGGCGCGGGCUCCCGACUCGCUGUGGUCAAGUUCACCAUGAGAGGCUGUGGGCCAUGUUUACGAAUAGCACCAGCUUUUAAUGCUCUGAGCAAUAAGUAUCCACAGGCAGUUUUUUUGGAAGUGGAUGUUCAUCAGUGCCAGGGAACAGCUGCCACCAACAAUAUAUCAGCAACACCCACAUUUCUCUUUUUUCGAAACAAAGUGAGAAUCGACCAGUAUCAAGGAGCAGAUGCUGUGGGAUUAGAAGAUAAAAUUAAGCAACACUUAGAAAACGACCCUGGAAACAAUGAAGACACGGAUAUCCCCAAAGGCUAUAUGGAUUUAAUGCCCUUUAUUAACAAAGCUGGCUGUGAAUGUCUUAAUGAAAGUGAUGAGCAUGGAUUUGAUAACUGUUUACGUAAAGACCCUUCCUUUUUGGAAUCUGACUGUGAUGAACAGUUGCUUAUUACUGUGGCUUUCAAUCAACCUGUUAAGCUUUAUUCCAUGAAAUUUCAAGGGCCAGAUAAUGGUCAGGGUCCUAAAUAUAUAAAAAUCUUUAUCAAUCUACCCCGAUCUAUGGAUUUUGAAGAGGCAGAAAGAAGUGAACCAACUCAAGCCCUGGAACUAACACAAGAUGAUAUUAAAGAAGAUGGUAUUGUCCAACUUCGUUAUGUAAAAUUCCAAAAUGUUAACAGUGUAACUUUAUUUGUUCAGUCCAAUCAAGGUGAAGAAGAGACAACAAGAGUUUCAUAUUUUACAUUUAUUGGUACUCCAGUUCAAGCAACAAAUAUGAAUGACUUCAAACGACUGAUUAAUCCAACUCAAAUGAACUAAAAACACAGAAGAUUUUUUUAAAUGAAGUAAUAUAAAGAUUGAUCUUGUCCCACUCUACUCCCCUCCUUGCUUCUCUGCUCAUCUAGCACCUGUCUGCUCUCACCCUUUCCACAAUAUCACCAUUGCUGGUGCAAGAGCCUUCUCUACAGCUCCUAUCAUCUGGAUCAGCCUUCUUGUAUCUAUAAUACACCAACCUUCUCUCUUCAGUUCCCACCUUAGUCAUUUCUCUCACUUGGGCUAUUAAUUUUGUUUUCUUUACAACUAAGUGCUUUUAUUUAUUUAUCAUAUCAUCUGUCUUACACUGCUUUCUGUUAAUUUUUAAUUUUCUGCUGUUUUAUACUUAAUUUCAUAAAGAAUUUUUAAGAAGUUGCACUUCAAAUUACAAAUCUAGCUAAUUUUUAUAUUUGCUAAAUUAAUGUGAUAUAAGAUAAUUAGACCUGAAGGCUGCUUUAGUUUUUGUUUUAGUGUAUCAUAUAUUCUUUAGUUGAUUUCAUUUAGCAUAUUAAAUAUUGCUUAACCCAUAAUAGCAUUUUCAGAUUCUUUGGUACUCACAAAAUGUUUUUAGGUAGACUAUGAAAGGGAUAGAAGAGUGAAGAGAAAAACAAGUAUCUCAUUUCUGAUUGAUUUUGUACCCUGAUUAGAAGGCUUUCCUAAAAAUAGUUGUUUCUUAUUUGUUUUUUAUUUAACUUGUGUUUAUUUUAAACUUAAAAAACUUAGAGUAAAGAUAUACUGUGUCUCUUACAUAACAAAUAGCUCAGGGCCAGAUAUAGGGUAGGACUAAUAGUAAAGUCAAAGACUGUUGGAAUUUUCUAAAAAAUGAAAUUUUUAGCAUCUAGUAUUGAUAUAUACCAGAUGCUAUUAGUCAGUGAAAUUGAAGUAUGGGCUCAGAGAAGAAAGGGGAAAAAACCCUUAGGGCUUGGGGGUGGGAAAUCUAAAUGUACUGGUAUGCUUAAUUUCUUUUUUUUACAGAGAAUACACAUUGGCAAGUUGAGAGGUAUCAUCCUGUGAAACCAGUAUGCAGAUUUGUAUCUUCACUGUUACACAUCUGCUAACAUUUUACUAUUUAAUAUAUUAGUAAGGGGAGGUGUUUGUUUUGUUGUUUGGUGGGGGUGGCGUUGCUUAAUCCAAAAGCUUAUUGUUGUAUUUGUUACCCAGUAAUAUAGUAAACAAUAAAUGCUUGUAAUCAUCUCCUUAAAUAGACUUCUGAAUACAGUUGAAUCUCUCUCACUGUCCCUAGUAGUUCUUAAAUAUUCUUUACUUCUUUUCCCAUUUCCUAUUCUUAAAACUCUAUGUGCUACUAUUAGUAUUUUGAUAGUUUCUUGAUGUGUUAGUUUUGUUAAUAACUAGAAUAAUUGCCCCUGGGUAAGAGAAAAAUAUGCAUUUAGAAUACUUUAUUUAGUAUUCUAUUUAGAAUUUAGAAUAGAAAUGCUAGAGCCAGGAGGGCUCUUAGAGAUCCAUCUGGUCUAUCUUGUAAGAUAGACCUUGUAAGUGACCUUUGAACCAAUGGAUGACAUUCUGAACUUUUUUUACCUUCUAGAUUUGUUAUAUACAACAUGUUCCAAAAGUUUUUGUGCAGUUUUAAGCUAUUAAAGAUUAACGUAACAAGAAAUAAUAGAGCUAAAGUUUGAUAGCUUAAAGCUUCACUAAGAUUUUUGGGAUAUCCUGUAUGUUGGAGAGUUGACAUGAAUAUUGUAGGAUAGAAAAUAACUGCUAUUGUCAGGAGAGACUAUAUAAAUGGUAAAUUACAGUGCAUUUUAUAUUCACCUAGUUCUAUUAAAAUGCAGUUUAUUUGAUUGUAGACUUUUAGCACUAAGUGUGAUUGGGAUGUAAAUUUUAUAUUUUAAUGUCAAAAUAGAUUUGUAGAUCUUUUGGCAGAAACAAGCUUUUACUUACAUUUUUUGAACUUUUUAUAUUUAUUGGAGCCAGUAUGCCAAAUCCAAAAGAAAAGAACUAAAUCUAGUAGAAAACAGUAUGCAUUAAGGAAAAUAGCAUCUCUUCCUGUAAAAAUUAGUUUGUUUGAUAGUCUUUUUAUUGCAUGUCUAUACACUGUAGAGGAAAUUUAGAAAAAUGUCAAUGGCAUAAAAAGAUGGAUUUAACAUACCGCUAAUAUAACUUUUUUCAAUAGGCACUUAAUUAAAAUUUUUUUUAGUAGUAUGGAAGAUAUGUUUUGUUGUACUCAUAAGAGCUUUUUGUUUUGUUAACUUAUCUAAAUCAUCAACCUUGCUUGGGAAACUGUGUGGAAAGCCAGAAAAAUCCUGCAUGGUGUUCCAUUUAUUCUUUGUCAGUUGGGGGUCACAAUUUAUUCUAUCACUGAAGAUAGAUUGCAUGCCAAAAAGAUGCUGUGGUAAAAAUUUAUGCUAAUUUGGGUGGAUUGUUUUGUCUGUGUUUUGAAAAUGCAUGUUUCCAAAUCAAUUUAUGGAUUUAAAGUUACUUUUCUUUCUUUCUAGGUAGUUGGUAAGAAAGGAGAAAGCCAUUAAGAUACAGAAUACACUGGAAAGAACUUAUUGCAAUCACAAUGGAUCUUCACUUUAUCUUCGGCUCCUGGAUAAUUGCUUGACCCUAGCCAGAGACUGUCAAUGUUUCCUUUAAUGCCAUUACCAAUAAAUCAUUGCUUUUGUUCAGAUGGUUUCACUAGUGUUUCUAUUGUAAUCUUGAUACAUGUAUUUGUAAAUAAAAGUCAUUACUUUUGCCAAAUUUAAUUUUUGUCAUUUUAAGUACGUAAGAAUUUUUAAUUUUCAUUUGUUUCAAAAUUUGCUGGCUUCUGAUUUUGGGAGACUUAACAUAUCUAUCUAUAUGUUACUGGCUGACAGUUGACUUUUUUAAAUUGUGAAACUGUCAUAAUUAAGGGUUAUCUGUUUUUGAGAAAGUAUCAGUUUAAUACAAUAAAAAUUUGAAAUGCAAGGGAUUGGGAAAAAUCAAUUUUGAAGUGCCCAUGUUUGUAUUAUGUAAUAUUUUUAUUAGAGAACAGUUGGUUAUCUAGGGAAUAGGAAUUUUUCUUUAACUUUUGAAUAGACUUUAAAAUUCAAUUGUCUACAAAUGUUACCUGCAAACUAUUGGAUAAUAGGAUUGAAAAUUUCUAGGUCUAAUCCCUUACCACACCAAAAUUUUUAUGCCCUCUGAAUCAUUUGUGAGUUACCAUUAUAUUUAUUGUGGCUAUAUGGACAUUAAUCAUUAGGUAAAAAUAUAGUACUUGAAAUUAAAAUCGUUUAGUGUCAUUAAAUAAAGUUAUUCCUAUUAUUUCAUUCAUUUAACAAA